UUCUGUAAUUAUAUAUGGAUGAUGAUAUUAUGGACAAUUCGAACGCAAGUUCGCCGUGAUCCGUAAAUAAUGAAUAUAUCCAUAUAAAUCUCGGACCCGCAGUGAAGAUCAAUUGCUAAGCACACAAAGUGAAAGCAUUUUGUUCUAAUUCUCGUUGAACAAUCCUCGUAAUCUUCGUAGAGAAAAUGGGCAGAAAAUUCUUCGUAGGCGGCAACUGGAAAUGUAAUGGGACCAUUGAAGAGGUGAAGAAGAUCGUGGAAACACUCAAUGCUGGUCAAGUUCCAUCUCCAGAUGUUGUGGAGGUGGUUGUCAGCCCUCCAUUCGUGUUUCUUCCUAUUGUUAAAAGUUUACUGCGACCUGAAUUCCAUGUCGCCGCCCAAAAUUGUUGGGUAAAGAAAGGGGGUGCUUUCACUGGAGAGGUUAGUGCUGAGAUGCUUGUCAAUUUGGACAUUCCUUGGGUCAUUCUUGGUCACUCUGAGAGGAGGGCUUUGUUAGGUGAAUCAAACGAGUUCGUUGGAGAUAAAGUUGCAUAUGCUCUUUCUAAAGGUCUCAAGGUCAUUGCAUGUAUUGGUGAGACUCUUGAGCAGAGAGAAGCAGGAUCAACUAUGGAUGUUGUUGCUACACAAACAAAGGCUAUUGCUGAACGGAUUUCCGAUUGGUCUAAUGUUGUUUUGGCUUAUGAGCCCGUCUGGGCUAUUGGAACUGGGAAGGUUGCAACUCCUGCUCAGGCUCAGGAAGUACAUGUUGAACUGAGGAAAUGGCUUCAUGCAAAUGUUAGCCCUGAAGUUGCUGCAUCAAUUAGGAUCAUCUAUGGAGGUUCCGUGAGUGGUGCCAACUGCAAGGAAUUGGCUGCAAAUCCUGAUGUUGAUGGCUUCUUAGUUGGCGGUGCUUCCCUUAAGCCUGAAUUCAUCGACAUUAUCAAGUCUGCUGAGGUGAAGAAAAGUGAUUGAGUGCGGUAUCACUCUCGGGUGGUGAAUUUUUGUUAGGGGAGAUAGAAUAACCAUUAUCCUGACCCUACCUGGAUUAACUUGCGCUUUUAUACUAUUGGCUGCACACUGAAGUUGCCUUUGUUUAAAUAAAUAUGCAAAAUGAUAAUCUGCUCGGAAAUUGUGACUAUUUCCUUGAUAAAGGUACCAUAAAUGCGUGUGGAAUUUUGUUCGAGUGAAUUUGCUCUGUCGUACGAGAUGUGUUUCAAACUGUUUGAUAGAAAGAUUUGCCUGCA